UUCUUGUGUUGGGCUCAAAAGUACUUGAACCCAAAGCCGUAAAGCUCUAUGCUUGUUAUUAAAAUUAAAAAAAACAUAUAUAAAAUAAAUAAUAAUAAAUAACUACAGUUUCCUAUAGUAAAUUAAAUUAAUUUAAAUUUAAACGGGAAUAUAAUAAGGUGAAUAAAAAGAUGUCGGCUAUGGAAUCCGCUUAUUUUACAGGGAAUGAAACAUACAAAGCACUUAAUCCGUUACUUUCUAAAGUUGGAGAUUUUACACCAUUCUAUAUAGCUAUCGCAAUUUGCUCAGUUAUCCUUGGGCUCCUUAUAAUACUCAAUGUAGUGUGCUGCUGCUCAAGAUAUGCAGAUUAUUGGUUGGACAGACAUACAGGUAACCGCUGGAUUGUGUCCAUCUGGUCAGCCACUCCCCACAAACAGCCACCUCUGGACUUCACUGAACUUGAGAAGCAGUAUCAAUGUGUUCAAUACAUUUACUCUGACACAGGCUCAGAGUAUAGCAAUGUUCACAGGCAAGCCCCGGUCUCUGCAUCAGUAUCAAGACAACCACUCACAGCAUCACAAGAAUAUCUAGAGCUUCAAAAACGAGAAAGUGAUAUAUAGUUGCAUUCUGAAUAUUCAAAACGGUCUUCAUUUUAAUGUAUAUGGCUAUAAUACUAUCCUGUCACUAUUUGUGUUGAUGGUUAUCAUGCUUAUAAUGAGAUUUGAUUCUUGUAGAUUACACUAAGACUUACUACAUGUAUGUAAGUCCAAAAAUUUUUCAAAGACUGCUGAGCAAGGGAUGUCACAUUAUGCUGAUAGUUGUAUAAUAAUAAUCAUUGUCAUUUUCUUGGAGUAUAAUCUUAUUUUUUAAGAAUUAGCCAUCAACUUAUGACUUGUUAUCAGAAUUCAACACUCUCUUCACAAUUGAUUUGCAUAUUGUACCCAACAUUUAGAUUAAUAUUUUAGAUUUUUGAUUUUUUUAUACUAUACUGUAUUCAGUUAUUACUAUCGCAAAAUCAGUUCUUAGUGGAUACCAUAAACUAUCUCCCUGCCUAAUUUCAACUUUGUAAAUCAAGCUGUUUCACUAUCGCAUCCUAUCCCAUCCUAUUCCAUUCUAUUCUAUUAUCACUAUCGCAACUAUACAUACAAUCUUUCAAUUCCUUUUUCACCCCCUUCUCUUUUUAUUUAGGGAUAAAAUGUAGCCUAGGUUCUGUUCCAAAGUCCCAAAAUUAGUUUUGAUCGGUUCAGCCGUUUAGCCGUGAAAAGGUAACAGACAGCCUUACUUUCGCAUUUAUAAUAUUAGUAUAGAUAUUAUUUGAGUUGUAAGUAACAUUUACUUUUUCUUUAUAUGUACACCCAUCAUUAUUCCUUGUGUUUACUUUCUCUUUUUUGAUUGGAUAAGGCCGCCAAUAGUAUAUAUAAGUUUUAAAUUAAUUUCUUGCUUGUUAUUUUCUGGUGUACAAUAAAGUGUAGUUCAUUCGUCCAUUAAAUUACUAUAGUAACAAUUAUCUUUAUUGUCACACACGUAAAUACACACACACACACAACAUGUAUAAUUGUGCUAAAAUAAUCAUUAGAUUGAUUAAGAGGAAAAAAUAAUCUUUAUAGUUUAGUAUUUACACUGCCUUUUUAGAUUAUCUUAUUUCACUAUUCCGUCCAAAUAUGUAAUAGAUCUAAUUAUGAAUAAGGUAUGAUUCGUGCUACACAGUAAUAAAUUAUAUUUGUUACUGUGUAUUAUGUUUGUUAUGGUAAUAGUUAUAAAAAAAACUAGCAUGUUAACAGAAUUUUGUCAAGUAUUAAUAUAGAAUGCACACAAAUAUUUUGACUUUGUACCUUUACUUUAUUAUACAUAUCUAUAUUAAAAACAAUUUAUACAA